AGACCCAUAUAAAUGAACCAUUAAAAGAAAGAAAGAGAGAGAGAAAAAAUAACUACAGAAAGCCACAGAUUUCUCAGAAACUCCCUCAGAUGGGACAGUUUCCAAACUCCCCCGAGAACAAUAACGAAAGAAAGACGACAUGAUAAAAUAGAAAAUAAAAAGAAAGAAAGAAAGAAAAUAAAUGAAAAAAAAACAAAGAAAGAAAUAUAAAACAACGAAGCUCCAACAGAAGACAUAAGACAAGGCGAUCGACCGAUUCGGAGACCGGGUAACCAGUCCAAGAUUCAAUGGAUCCCGGUAGAAUCUUCCAGAUCAUUACCAACAGCACGCUUCUGGCGACGCGUCUGCUGAGCGGGCCUGGGUCGGGUCCCCUCGAGUUCACGCAUCCCCGCUAUUGCGUCACACUGCCGGAGGACACGCAUGUAGCCGCCCUCGUCGCGAACGUUACGGCUUUGCAUAACACAGGUGCGGGCGUGAGGUAUAGCAUCACGGGCGGCAACAGGGAUGGACUCUUCACCAUUCAGAAGCAUAAUGGCCUCAUCACCCUCGCCGCUGCGUUGGAUUAUGAGACGCAUGCCCAUCACGAACUGGUGGUGGCAGCGGAGGCGAGCGGGGUGUUGGUUCAUGCCCUCGUGCUGGUGAGGGUGCUGGAUGUGAACGACAACCCGCCUUAUUUCGUGACCUCUGACCUCAAGGCUACGGUCAUCGAGGAAGAUGAUCGUGACCUCCCACUGCCUCUUGCUAAGGUGGAGGCGCACGACCGCGACCUGGUAGACCAAGGGCGCCUCCACUACAGCGUCGCGGGAGACGGCGUCGACGGUUUCGCUGCCAAUGACGUCUUCUUCGCCGUCGACGCCACCACGGGCCAGCUGCUGCAAGUCAGGGCUCUUGACCGUGACCCCCCCGAUGGUCGAAAGAUAUGGCGGGUCAAAGUUCAAGUCCGAGAUGGUCGCUACGGUGACCUCGUCUCUUCCAGGGGUCAAUGGACAGAGGAGGAAGAGGAGGAGGAUGUGAUGAUGGAGGGAGAAGGGUGGAAGAGGAAGAGAGAGGAUCAGCAUUCUCCUCGUGCUUAUCGUCUUCGUCGGCGACAUGGAGGAGGAAGAGGAGGAAGAGGAGACGAAGAAGGAGGAGGAGAGGGAGAUGCAAUAAACACCGGAGAGGGAAAGGAUAGCACAUUAUUGGAACUGGGAGAUGGAGGAGGCAGGAAGAACGGAGAAAUAAACGAAGGACAAGCGGGAACGGGAGGCAAAGAAACCGGACGGAAAGGGAAGAUAAAGAGCACGAAGAGAAGAGGGAAAAGAGAGAAGAGAAAAACACCGAGAGACGUAGGAGGCAAAGAAGGAAGGAGAAGAAAUGGAGAGCGAAAAUCACAAAGGGACAGAGAUAGCCCCUUGGUCCUGGGUUCCGAAGAGAGCAACGACCACGCACUCGUUCCCUUCACCUUCCGAGUCACCAAGCCAAGACGAAGCCGACGUCGCACCAACGAAUACGAAAUGGGAGAAUGGGGAGAGGAAGGCAGUAAUGGCGGAGAAGGGGAAGAGGAGGAGGAAGAAGGAGAAGACGUAAUUGAAGAGGGAGGGGAUGAAGAAGAAAGUGGAGAGGAAAAGGAAGGCGGUGAAGAACAGGAAGAAACGAGGGAACACAAAAAGACGGAAGAGCCGUUAAUGACAACAAUAAAGGAGGGAAUUUUUCGCAGAAGAAAAGGCGCCGAACUGAAAACAAGGAACGGAGAGCAGAAGGAAAGCACAACCAAUGGAAUUAAAGGCUUAGGAAGGUCAGGCUAUUUAGCGUCGUCCGAGAACAGCUUCCAAACCCCAAAGACAGGAAUCCAUCGUCCUGAAGAACACCUCCGAACACGUCGCGCCGACACAGACUUCGACCUCGACUACCACGACUCGCCCGAACACAAUCGCAUCAAGAGAACGACCCCUCGCGCUGACAUCCUCAUGGCCGACGACCCCAACGACGACCCGGCGCUCAAAAUGCUCACCGAAAUCACUCACUGCUACGACCUGACCUACGCCCAGGACGACGCAGAGAGGGAAGGGUGGUGGUUCGACGACUCGAGGGGGGGAGGGAGCGCGGCGAGGGAGAAGGUCCACGUGGCCGAGACCGUCGUCACCGUCCUCGUCAAGGACAUCAACGACAACGCUCCCGUCUUCCCGAACGCCACCAUGUUCGGGAAGGUUCGGGAGAAUGGCGAGCCAG